UGUUUGCGCAUUUCCGCCAGCCUGGAGUGUCUCCGCCCUCCCCACCUCCCUCGUCCGAGCGUCUAAACUCAGGCUUGGGGCCUAGGGCUGUGGGGGUACUGGGGGGGCGGGGGUGCAGGUCUGAUGAGUAACCCCUCCCCCCAGGUCCCAGAGGGAGAAGCCUCUACAUCUGUCUCCCGGCCCAAGAGUUCCAUGGCCUCUGCUUCCCGCCGCCAGCGCAGAGAGCGUCGCUUCCGCCGUUACUUGUCUUCUGGACGCCUGGUCCGGGCCCAGGCCCUCCUCCAGCGACACCCUGGCCUUGAUGUGGAUGCUGGGCAGCCGCCACCACUGCACCGUGCCUGUGCCCGCCACGAUGCCCCUGCCUUGUGCCUGCUGCUUCGUCUCGGGGCUGACCCUGCCCACCAGGACCGCCAUGGGGACACUGCUCUGCACGCCGCUGCACGCCAGGGCCCUGACGCGUACACAGACUUCUUCCUGCCGCUGCUGAGUCGCUGUCCCUCCGCCAUGGGAAUAAAGAACAAAGAUGGGGAGACCCCGGGGCAGAUUCUGGGCUGGGGACCCCCCUGGGACUCUGCUGAAGAGGAGGACGACGAUGAGGCUUCCAGGGAGCGGGAGUGGAGGCAGAAGCUACAGGGCGAACUGGAGGACGAGUGGCAGGAGGUCAUCGGGCGGCUUGAAGCAGACGACGCCGCGCGCCAGGCCCAGGAGCCCGAGUCCUUCUCGGCCUGGUCGGACCGCCUGGCGCGGGAGCACGCCCUGAAGCAGCAGCGGGCGGCGGGAGCCUGCAGGCCGGCGCGCACUGAGGCCGCCACGCGCAGCCGGCGACGGCGAGAGGAGGAGCAGCGGCUGUUCCGAGAGCGGGCGAGGGCCAAGGAGCGGGAGCUGCGCGACAGCCGGGCCGGGAGGGCCCAGGGGGCGCGCGGGGACCGCGGGGCGGAGCCGGCCGGGGCGGCGCGGGGCGGCCUGUGGCGCUUCGGGGACGUGCCCUGGCCCUGCCCGGGCGGAGGGGACCCCGAGGCCAUGGCGGCGGCGCUGGUGGCCAGGGGGCCCCCGGCGGAGGAGCAGGGGGCCCUGAGGCGGUACCUGAGGGUCCAGCAGGUCCGCUGGCACCCUGACCGCUUCCUGCAGCGGUUCCGGAGCCAGAUUGAGACCCGGGAGCUGGGCCGCGUGAUGGGGACUGUGACCGCGCUUUCCCAGGCCCUGAACCGCCACGCCGAGGCCCUCAAGUGAGGGGCGGGCGGGGUGGCCUGUGCGCCUCACCCCGCGCCUCCUAAUAAGACCGGCUUCCAGGCCCGCUCCGUCUCCGUCUCCGUCUCCGCUGCCUUUUUCCAUUGCUAUGCUUUUCAUCACCCAAGACGGCUACUUCCCGGCCGCCGAAACGCGCAGCGCCACUGGCGGGCCGGGCCUGGGCCCGGAGCCCUGGGCACCCUCACCAGGGUGGGCGCGGGUCCUGCCCACCCCGCAGGCCGCGCCCCAGAGGUGCGAACAGGGGCGAAAGGGGAACAGCCGUUUCCCUGCCACCCCACUCCCCGGCGGACCACAUCCUCCUCCCCGCUUCGCACCCCCAGCACAGGGCUUUCCCUUUGCUGAGUCACCGAGUGAGCCAAGUCGGGGGGCAGCUAGGGUGGGGGAGGACAGGGGACAGAGGGGGGCGCCCUGUGGGCGAGGGGAGCUUCAGGCGCUAAGAGUAGGAGCGGGGAAGGAGGCGGAAAGGGCCCGGUUAUGUAACCCGGGCUCUCUGCUCUUGGGCAAGCCCAGGGUGGGAGGCCCACACCCGCGGGCUGCCGGAUCCGGGGCGCUGCUCCCUCCGCCCACCUCUGCCUUGAGCUGCUCGACGCCUCCGCCUCCGUGCACCUGCCCCAUCCCCAGCCUGGGCUUCAUCCUUUGCACGCGGACGUCCCCUCUCCAGGCCUGGCGGGUGAGGCCUGGAGAAAGAGGGCCUGGAAUCUGGUGGGAAAGAAGGGGGACCCGUCUGCCUCGCUCCCUGCUCAAACUCAGCGAGCAGCUCCGAACUGUAGACCGAGCCCUGCUGCCAUCGCGCUGGGCACAACCGGCUCAGAGAGAGAAAGGGCAGGACUGAGUCCACAGGGGAGACCUUCCGGAGCGGAACUGCCGGGUCCUGAGCCCGGGUCUCCACGCAUUCCCCGCGGUGCGAGUGGAAGCUGAUGGGGGACGGGAAAGGGAAGCCACCGGGGCAUGGGUGGGCCCGGGCCCUCGAGCGGACGGCUGUAGUCAGGAAGAGGCCCGAGGCCUCAAGGACCCGGCUGAUGUCGGCUGAGGGGGUUGGUCUGGUGAGAAAGACCUGAGAGGAAGCUGCUGUGAUUCAGAGGAGAGACCAGCUGAGCAGCCCAGGCGUCCGGUUCCUGUCACAGGCCAGAGAUUUAGGAAGCGGCAUGCAAAGAGCCUGGGCUUGGAGUUGGGGGGGUUCGGGUGCACGUCCCUGAGCUGGGUGGGGGUUGGGAGGAGAGCAGCAGAAAACUGGAGUCCACAGUUGCUUCUCCACCCAGGAGACCGGCCAUAGGUUGUAGCUGCAGCAUUUCCCUUUCUGCAAGGGUUACAUAAGACCACUGCAAGAUAAGUCCACAUACCUGGGCCCCGGGCCUCCCUCCUCUCAACCCCUCCCUGAUGUCUGGCCCCCAGCCCUCAUGGGGGUUCCCCUGAGAUAAAGGCUGUUCACUUUCUCUGACCACACA